CACACCUGCAGAGUCAGAGGAGACGAGAUGAGUGAUCCUAAGAGUGAAAUAAACCUGGAAGGUAGACUGGGGGAGCUACAGUGCCACUUCACCUGGGAUCUGGAGCCCGGCAGGAACAAACUUCUGAGAAUCAAGGACAUGCUGCAGGACAUCGGCACAGAGGAAGGAUGCAAGUGGCUGGGACACAUUUACAACCUGCAGGGGUACGUCCACUUCCAGCUGGGGUCCAUUGAAGAAGCCAGGAGUUUCUUCAGCAGAGCAGCAGAGGCCUUCAGGCAGAUGAGAGGAGCAGAGGAGGGUCCCUGGCUGGUGGUGACCUACGGGAACCAGGCCUGGCUGCACCAUCAUCAAGGAGAACAAGCAGAGAGUCAGGUCUGUCUAUCAAAGUUCAACAGCCUGAUGACUAAGGAACCAUCACAGGACGAGCUGCACCCGGAGAUCUGCGCCGAAAAAGCCUGGACUCUGAUGAAGUUCAGCGGAGAACAGAAGCUUCUGGCGGCUGAUUACUUCCAGAGAGCCAUCCGGAUGCAGCCGGAUAUGGUGGAGUGGCAGACCAGCCACGUGUUAGCGUUAGUUUACAUGUCCAAACAAUGCAACACAGGAGUCGAGGCAGACAUCAUGGAGAAGCUGAGAAAAGCCAAGGAACAGGAUCCAGAGAACCUAUACCUCGCUGCCAUUUACCUCCUGCAACUCGCUAACAGAGGACAAACAGACCAUAGUGGAGCAUGUGAGUUAGCCAAAAAGGUUCUGAGAAACCCUGUCAGCAGCUACAGUGGAAUCAAACCUUUGCUGUGGUUUUACAGAACCUUCACCUCCUUGGACGAGGCUGUGGCUUUGGCAGAAGAGGCUCUAAAGCUACAUCCGGAUGAACGCUAUCUGAAAAGAUGUGUCGCACUCAGCUACAAAUGGAAGAUCUGGGAGAAGGACAGUCACCCAAGUCCGAGCCUGAUAGAGAAAGGGAUCCGUGCCCAUGAGGAGUUGCUUUCUCUUUAUCCUGAUACCUCAUUUAUGAAGAGAAUGGACCUCGCAAAUAUUUAUGCAAAGUCAGAGAACACCAAGGCCAAAUCUGAGAAGAUCUUCCAACAGCUGCUCGUAGAGGAUCUGGAACCUGUUGAACAACAAGUCUUCUUCAACAUCUACGCAAAAUAUCUGUACUUCAUUCAACGGCAACCUAAGAUGUCAAUCCAGUAUCACAUGAGGGCGGCGGAGAUACCAAUCAAGUCCUUCUUUCGGGAGAACAGCAUCCAGACUCUGGAAAAGAUCAGACACAGAAAUUGCAACCAAGAUGUAGACAGGUUUCUGUCCUGGCUGAACGUAGAUUUAUAGAUUCAGCUGUUGUGAACACCGAUGAUCACAUUUUAACUCAGUUUGUAUUCGUACGGAGCCAGAUCACAACACAGUGACUGACAGAGAAAAGUUGUGGAGUUAGUUUUUCAACGUCAGGAAAUGUUUGAGUUACAACAACAUGUAGCUUGAGAAUGUUCUGACAGUGGUGAUAAUAUAUACGUAUUGAAGCGUCUUCAAUAUAAUUUCUAUAUCUGUAGAAUACCUGUUCAAUUGUUUUCAGAGUGGUUGUAAUAUUGAUGUUAAAAAUAGUGAUGCAUAUAUAACAGCAGUUUCAGGUUUUGAAAUUUUCAUACAUUAUUAUUAGAGUAACAACAUUGAAACAUAUUCUUAAAAUCCAUAUUCAGUGGAAACUGGCUGCAGUCAUCAUGUGUUGCUGAUUUCGAGGAAAUGUUUGCCUGCUCCUUUAAGAAACAGCUUGCUUGUAAAGUUUAUUAAACAGAACAGACAGUGUAUUCAAUUUACUAAUGUUUUGAG